AUGUCUAACAAUAUCUGCCUCUACCACACAUCUUGUUGUCAUCUGCAGCUCGUCUUUAGGGACGUUGUAAAAUCUGUUUCAGCUUCUAGAUCACCUGUUAACGAACAAGAUGGUGACCUGGCCGGUCAUUCAGUACCCCUUCCAAGUGUUGUAGAAGAAGACACAGAAACUGGUUUAAAGACAGAAGUAGAUGAGGCAAACCAAGACGAAGAGGAAGCUAAAACUACUGCCACGGCUAAUACUCCAGGGAAUGAAAAGACCUCUCUGCAAGACAUGCUCGCUGCCCCACCUUCUCCGACUCUAUCUAUGGUUACAAAACACUCUAACGGAACUCUGAAUCUUUGGCAGUUAACGUUUGCUGAAAAAACAAAGUUUUCACAGGGUUUUUGUUCCGAAUUGAUUCUUUGGAGAGUCGAUGCUGUCGGACCACUAUCGAAGUCCGGAGGUGUUUCUGAACUCGCCAGAAUCAAUUCGCCCCAGAUAUCAGCCUUCUCUAAUGUAGCAUGGAUACCAACUCUUUUACCUAGUACCACUUUAGGCAAUCUUUCGAAUUCUCCGAGUGCUUGCUUUGUCGCUUCUGAUGGAGAAAGUCUUCGGGUUUACCAGGCCGUGAUAGAUGCAAGAACACUAUUAGCUGAGGUUUCUUCCUCCGAAAGACGAUCUCGAAUAAUGGAUUGGCAAAAUACACAGUUACUUCACGUUUUCCAAGCCCAGUUAAUAUCUGGUGAAAGAGAAAGUAGUGAUAGGGCUGUUAAUUCGGUGAACAAUCUAAACGGCAGCUUAGGUCUCAUCGAGUCAUCGCUGAGUGCCAUGGUCGACCUCCAACAGUCUGCUGAGUUCGAGGAGCCAUUUUAUCUUGUUGUUUUAGAAAGGACAGCACACGGCACGGCAAUACAUACAUGGAGACUUGUCAUCGCUUCUCAGCCAGAUUAUAGUGACAGUAUGAUGUAUGUACCUGACAGUAGGCUAGUUCAGGACGACGAUGAAGGAGAAUCUGGACGCCCUGGAACUGGAAUGGAGGAAGAAGGACAUCCAUCAGCGUUUGGCCACAGUCCUCACGUUACCAUUUCUACGACAAAGCUGCCAUUACCGGAUGGAGUGGAUGUGAUACAUGCUGCUCCAGCAGGUGGCCAUCUUUCUUCGGCUUCGAUUUAUCCAGCUUGUUUUGCGCCGUACAUUAUAGUGACUGCCUGUUCUGACUCAACUGUGAGGUUCUGGAAAUGCAAUGUCGAGAAAAGAAAAAAUAAUGAAGGUCGGAUUGAGAUGAGUUACGAAUGGGUUGAAUGGGAAAUGCUACGGAAAGAUAAGGCAUCCGUCAUUGAAAUCCCUGGACAACCACUUAACAUCAGCGCAGCCUAUAGCGGCCGUAUAGCAUGUGCUUACAAAUACGGAAAAUCCUUUACGAGACCUUCAAGGAAGGAUCCUGAAUCUAGAUACGUCAAUUUAUGUGUUGCUAUUUAUGAGUGUGAAAGCACUGGAGGUUUACUCGCUGUACCUAGCUUUAGUACUCUUCAAUCUCUUAGAAAGUCAAUUAUAGAAAAUGGUAAUACUUGCCCGCUUACUCAAAAACAUUUGGUACAACUGGAUUGGGUUUCGAAAGAAGACGGCUCUCAUAUACUUACUGUCGGAGUCGGAAGCAAGGUAAUGCUGUUUACACCUGUAUCGAGCGACAUCGCCCAAGCUAAUAUGAAAGCGAUGAAAGAAUCGCAGACAACUAACAGUCGUCCUAUUUUACGAAAAGCUUCUUCACUUGCUGCUCCAAAUUUUAUUGAUGAAAUCAGAUGGAUGAAACUCCGGAAGAUCGACCUAAGGACUGCUGAUGGUCUUCCCCCACUUCCAAUGCAAAUUUCAUGGGUUCGAGAUGGAAUACUCGUUGUAGGAAUGGACUCAGAAAUGCAUGAAUCUUCACAAAGGAGGUUGGCCAAUGUGAGUUCUAUGCCGCAUCUUUCUAGGGUCAGCUCUAUCAAUCUGACACUUCUCUCGGUAGAAAAUAAAAAGAAGAAAUCGAAUUCUUCAUCGGGUGGCCAAACCAACACCGAUCAGAGCUUGGACUCUUAUAUGCCGGAUUAUGGUCUGUUUGAGGCGAGUAGAAUCGCCUGCCCUGUUCUGCCUCAGUAUCAUCCGAAGCAGCUGAUGGAAUUGCUCAAUUCCGGAAAAAUCCGUUGGGUGAAGGCCAUCUUAGCCCAUCUUGUCAGGUGUAUAUCGGGGACUUGCAGUGUACAACAAGGUCAAGUUGUUUGUUCAAUGUCUGACGAAGAAAAUCUCACUAAACAAAGAGGUUGGUCUCGGUCGAGAACGCUUUCCGUCAGCUAUGGUGCAGGAACUACUAGCCCCAUGGAACAACGCGGCUCUACUACAGCUAUACCUGAGGAAUUGACGCUUGAUUAUGCUGAAAUUACGUCCAUUCCUCCUCUGCCUCUUUGGACCUUGUUGGCCGCUGACAAAGAGACUUUGAAACCUCAAACAUCUGAAGAUAAUCCACAUUAUAAUGAACUGUUCGAGACUGAAAAUAUUCUGGGAGAAGAACAUUUAGAUGAUUUGCUGGUCGAUGAAGAUGAAGAUGAAUCACUUUGCCGAGCGGAUAGAAGACCUUCUGGACCUGUAGAUCUCGCCACUAGUCUCUCUCAUUUCGGUCCAAGACAGGGUAGACUUUUGUCACGCCUUUUAACUCACACUCAUCUUCCUGGAUUAUCAUCAUUAGAUCAGAUGCAUCUUUUAGCUUUGGCAGAUACUGUUUCUACGUGUAAUACAGACUUUGCAGAAAGGUUUGCAAUUGAUGCUGCAAAGUCAGCUAUUGCUAAAGAGAAUUUGACUGGCCUGCCAGAAGGUGGUUUGACUACAUCAGACUCUCUAGAUGACUGCGGUCUCAGAUUUCUGCUCGCUAUGAAACAUUACAACUACCUUGUUCGUUGCUUGCCACUUUCUCAAAGAGCUCAAUUCCAGAGGCAAGGAAUGGCGAGUAAUAACCUUGUUUGGGCUUUCCAUUCAGAAUCUGAGGAAGAACUUUUAUCUCUUAUACCUUCUUAUACAAAAGGAAGUCCUCGUUGGGGUCGUCUGAAAGAAUUAGGUGUAGGAUGGUGGAUUCGUAAUCAUACAACUCUUAAACAAUGCAUUGAAAAGGUUGCGAAAGCGUCUUUCCAAGCCAACCAAGAUCCUCUGGAUGCUGCCAUCUUCUAUCUCGCAAUGAAGAAAAAGUCUUUAGUCUGGGGUCUCUUCCGGUCCAAGAGGGACGAGAGGAUGACACAGUUCUUCUCUAAUGAUUUUGCCGAGGACAGGUGGAGAAAAGCAGCUCUAAAAAAUGCUUUUGCCCUACUUGGAAAACAGAGGUUUGAACACGCUGCUGCAUUCUUUUUAUUAGCUGGUGCAUUGCGUGACGCGAUCGAGGUUUGUUUGAAUAAAUUAGAAGAUCUUCAACUAGCCAUGGUCAUCUCGAGGCUAUACGAAGGUGAAAUGGAUUCAACACCACCAAAUCUAAAGAGACUUUUGUAUGAGGAAAUCCUUGGAUGUGACGCAAAGGGAGAAAACCAAGACUUCACUCGUGUACAUCCAGAUCCUUUCCUGCGGUCGAUGGCUCUUUGGAUCUUGAAAGAUCCAACCGGCACCAAUCCAAAUGUUUUUAAUUUCUACGUGUAUCUACGAACCCAUCCUCUGCUGAUUAGGCACACGUUAGCGGCAACUUAUCAGGACAAAAAGAAGCAUACUGUUGCACUAGCUGGAUUUACGUAUGGGUCAGAAUCCAAAACUACAAAUGGUGAUAGACAGUUGAUGGUUGAAGACUCCAUCACUCCUCUGGAAAGGCAGUUAUACUUCACGACUGCACAUGCUCACUUCAAAGCUGGGUGUCCUGCUCUCGCUCUCGAGGUCCUGUCUAAACUUCCCAACAAAGUCGUCGACGUCAACUCAGACGAUUCAAGUAAGUGCUUUUAG